GCUGCACCAUGAAGUCUGCCCUCAUGGUCCUUGUGGGGCUCCUCACCCUUUGUGCUGAGCUGACACUGGCAGGUUCUAAGACACCAGACUGCGCGUCAGAAGGGAAGCCAGGAUACUGCCCCCCACCGGAUGGUGCUGGAACGUGUGUGGAGGAAUGUUCUGGAGAUGAUUCAUGUCCUGAAGACCAGAAGUGCUGCAGCAACAACUGUGGCCACACUUGCCAAACUCCACUAAACGUAAAACCCGGCGAGUGCCCCAAGUUCAAAAUCCCUCCUGGGCUGCCAUGCAAAACAGAUUGCUGCGAGGACAACCACUGCAAAGGGACCGACAAAUGCUGCCCAAUGGGAUGCAGCAAGGUUUGCGCCCCGGCAGGUUUUGAUGAGGCCUAAAGGGCAGCAGGGCCCAGAGGAGUCCGGCUGAAGGACACAGCUUCACUGCUCGCCAAAGGUGGGCUCCCAGCUCAUGAGCCCAGGCGGUUCUCCAAUCAACCACCUGGAAUUCCUGCUUCUUCAAUGCUUCUGGAACAGAUGUGCCUUGAGAACAGCUGCUUCAAGUCUCACACAACUGUCUUACAGGGGAAGACUCUUGCUUUCUCUAGUAAACAUGCAUGGAACAAGCAACCAGAACUCUCCCCACAACUCCUAUUUACACUUGCGAAGUAGAAUUAGAAAUAAUUGUACCAUGUAAGGUUUCGACUUACUGAGCCUGCUUGGAAGGAAUGUGGUCGGUAACUGGAGGUGAAAUCUAAUCCUGCCAAUAAAAUUCUAGCAGACCUUCGUCUGAACGCGUAUCUAGUACGCAUGCUUCCCACUGUAGUAACUUUAGAGCAAUCACGGGGUUAAGUGCCUUAUAAGGAAAUGGGGUAAGAGGAACUGAGUACUUUGAUUGGAUAGGAAAUUUAAACUUAAUGGAAGGUGUGGAAUUUUUGUCAAAUGUAUAAAACUGUUUGGAACGCUGUAACCGGUGGCCAGUUGAUUUGGGACAAUGAAAUCCCUGCUGGUCCUUUCUGUACAGAAAUAAAAGACAACAGGACUCCU